AUGCCUUCUCUAUUAAAAGUAUCAUUAUUGUAUUUGCAUUUCGCAUUUGCUGGAUUUUCACAAGCGCAGCAGUUUUCCAAUCCAUUCCCUCCAGGCCAAGCCACUUCUGAUCCGCUUGUGGUUGACUUGGGUUACGCUACAUACCAGGGAGUAUCCACAGAGCUGAAUCACUUUGGUAACCAUAAAGUCAGAAUUCCGUACGCGGAGGCGCCGGUUGGACCUUUGAGGUGGCAGCUUCCAGUUCCUCCAAAUUCUACAAGUAACGGCACAAUUCUGGAUGCUAGUUUAUGGUCGUAUAUCUGCCCCCAGUCGUCAAAUGGUGUAAGAGGAAUGCCUCCAUUCUCAGCCAAUGGAGGAGAAAAUGAGGACUGCCUAACGCUGAACGUUUGGGCAACGCCGAAUGCGACAGACUUGCCUGUUUUUGUCUGGAUUCACGGUGGAGGCUACGACAGCGGCUCUUCCCACUACGACAUUCCAUUCUUGAUCAAUAGUUCCAAAGAUAAAUUUAUCGGCGUGUCAAUUCAGUACCGUCUUGGGGCAUUCGGUUUUUUGUCUUCGGACGAUGUCCACCAGUUUGGAACGCCAAAUGCAGGCCUGUACGAUCAAUAUCUAGCACUACAAUGGGUACAAAAUUAUAUUGGCUUAUUUGGCGGGAAUGCAUCACAGGUCACAUUAGCUGGAGAGUCUGCAGGUGGUGGUGCGGUCAUGCUACAAUCCAUGGCUUAUGGAGGCCAGAUAAAUGAUACUUUAUUCAGUCGGGUUAUGAUCGCCAGCCCAUAUCUUCCUCAGCAAUACAAUUAUUCUGACUUCGCCCCUUCGCAAAGCUACUAUGCUUUCGCUGAAGCAGCAGGUUGUUUCAACGGCCCCACCAGUGAAACGGAGUCAGUUUUUAAGUGUCUAGUUGAACAAGACACUAUCACUCUCCAAAAUGCAUCUUAUACUGUCACUAUAAACGCUGAGUUCGGCAAAGCUGCUUUUCUGCCUGUCACAGAUGGCGUCUUGGUGGAGACCCGUCCUAGUGCACAAUUACCAACCGGACUGCUCAAUGGAAAGCAGGCUCUCAUUGGGAACAAUGCCGACGAAGGUGAAAUGUUCGUGCCACAGACCAUCACUACCGAACAAGAUUUUAUCGACUAUGUCGAAGGCAUCUUCCCACUCUUUGAUGAUUCCGAUGUCCAGCAAGUGUUGACGCAGUAUCCCAUUUCAACAACACAGGAAGCAAAUCAGAUACGAUUUGCUACAAGCGGAAUCGACAAUACCACGACGGCUGUCACUGAGGGUCCAUUUGCAACGGGACAGCAACAACGUGCUAAUAAUUUAUACGCUGAGAUUACAUUUACUUGCCCUGCCCAAUGGCUCGCGGAAGGGUUCAGCAUUAACGGUCAUCAAAGCUUCAAAUACCAGUAUUCAAUUAUUUCAGCUUUGCACGGAAAUGACUUAUUUGCGUACUUUAAUUAUCUUGGUUCAUUGCCAAAUAAUAUGGCUCAAACAUACCGUGACUCUGUUGUUUCAUUCAUAAACAGUUUCAUUGUAACUGGAAACCCCAAUAUUCAAACCAUCUACAAUUCUACUGUCCCGACAGAAACCGCUGAUGUCCUCGCCUCAUGGCCAACAUAUAGUUUGGACAACCCGAUCCAGGUUAAUUUAAACCAAACUGGUGGCGUCUUGACAACAGGAACUGAUCCAAGAGACCCCUUUGGCUACCCGAUCAAUCUGUAUGUUGACCCUGGAUUGCAGCCGAACUUCAGUCUCGUCAAUGCAUACACCUGGGAAGGGGGAAGAGGAAAUCGGUGUGACUUUUGGAAGAGUAUGGGUGCUAAGGUACCUGGAUAA